GCUUCACUGACCAAGCUGAUGGAGACUCUUGGCCAGGCAGAGCCCUAUUUUGUCAAAUGCAUUCGCUCCAAUGCUGAGAAGCUCCCCUUGAGGUUCAAUGAUAACUUGGUGCUUAGACAGCUGCGGUACACAGGAAUGCUUGAGACAGUGCGCAUUCGACAGUCCGGAUAUAGCUGUAAAUAUUCUUUCCAGGAUUUUGUAGACCACUUCCAUGUACUUCUCCCACGAGGCACUGUCCCAUCUAAGCAGAAUAUCGAAGGCUUCUUCAAAAAGACAAAGACCAACUCAGAUAGUUUCCAAGUUGGGCGAACCACGGUGUUCAUGAAGGAACAGGGACGACAGCUUUUACAAAGACUGCUGCAUGAGGAGGUCUUGCAAAGGAUUAUCUUAUUGCAGAGCUGGUUCCAGACGAUGCUGUACAGGAGGCAGUUCCUGAGCAUGAGGCAGGCUGCUGUCAUCAUACAGCGUUGUUGGCGUCAUUACCAGAGAAGGAAGGAAGCUGAAACAGAGGCAGAGUCCCUGAACCAUUCAGCCUUUUUAGAGCGAGCUGUUGUGGUCCUUCAGGCAUACUGGCGAGGUUACAUGGCCCGGCGAAGAUUCCAUCAGAUGCGGAUUGCAGGCUUCAUCAUCCAGAGCUCUUGGCGGGACUGCCUAAGACGUCGGCAUGCCGCGGCAACCUCUAUCCAGGCGCACUGGCGGAGCUACCGCACGAGGACUCUCUACAGGGCCAAGAGAAACAAAAUCAUUUUGUUGCAAGCAGCCUAUAGAGGCUACAAAGCACGGCAGAGGUUUACCACAUUAAGAGAGCAGCGGUUGAGUGGAGCAUCACUAAAGAAUAGACUAACAAGUAAAGAUGAUAAAUUAAUACUAGGGUAUAACUCAGGUGUUAAGGAUUCAGACCCUUCUGAAUGGGAAGAGAAUUCAAUGGAAAACAGAGUGAAAGCUGUCGAAGACUACACAUCGGCUACAGACAAUAGAAUAGACCCAUCAAAUUCCUUUCACAAGCAUCACGAGAGGGCCAACAGCCAGAGCGGAAUGAGCAUGGAAGAGGAAGUUCUUGUCAGAGAAAGACCAAAGUCCCUGGAAGACCUCAACCCCAAAAAAGGAGUCCGUGCAAAGCGAGAGAGCCGGCGCAUGCGUGAACUGGAACAAGCCAUUUUUAGCUUGGAGUUGCUGAAGGUCCGAUCCACCAGCGGAACCUCGCCAUCCGAGGAGCACCAGUUGUCCCCUGACUUCGCUUCUGAAGGGAUGCCCUCUCCUCGAAGAACUCCGGAGAACAAAAGCUCUCGCAGAAGUCUAGAGAACCUAAGCCGGGACCUCCUCUCGUCUCCGGAUCACAACGUACAUCCCAGAGAAUCACUACACGGUAGUCCGAGAUUUGAUGACGACGAUGGUGAUGAUGAAGACAUCUCCAAAUUUGCUGCUGCUACUGUAAAUAAAACUAUGACCGAGAGAAAGAGGUCAAUCUCAAGUUCUGAAUUACUUGACUGUCUUGCUGUUAAAGAGCGGCCGUCGGUUUGUGACUCGUACGACAUCGUCUCCAACAAGCAUCCAAGGGAAUCAUUAAUUUCUAGUAGUUUGCCUACAUUUUAUCUUCCGCCACAGGACAAGUUGAAAGUUGACCAUUCAGUGAGGGACAAUAAUCUAAGAAACAAACAAAUGGAAAUGGGGAGCAAUUUUUAUUUCCCAGACACCAGAAAACAUCCUCAACUGGAAAGGAUCACACAGAGCACAUCCUUACACCACGAUGGUCAAACGUCCGGCAGUGGAGAACUCCCAGCUGCUACAGCUACAGAAAUGCAUCUCUUGGAGACGGUUAUCGAAAAGUUGGAGAAGUUAAAUGUUGAGAAAGAAGAACGCCGGAAACGAAAACAGAUGCAGAACGAAAAAGAGAUGAUGGAGCAAAUACGGCAGCAGACCGAAAUUUUAGAGAAGCAGCAUAAAGUUUUUGAAGAGCUUCAGAGACAAGAGAGUGAACAGAAUAGGAUUCGGGACUCCUGCCAUGGGACCCCUCUCACCUCACCAAAGAAAAUGGACAGAGCCCCGCCUCUACUCAUCGCCCAUCCUCAAGUCAAGGAAGGAGAUCUAAGGCUUGCAACGAAUGCAGGCGCCACCUCAUCGGUGGUCCUUAAAUCUCCUACUGGCCCCAAAAAAGGAAGUCCUCCUAUUCGCCAGCCAGUCCUGAAAGAAAAAAACCCAGAGAAAAAGGACAGCCAGGCUCCAGUCAUCCUGAAGUCUGUUGGAACAGAUUGGUUGAAUUUGCAAAUGGGUGCCGAGUCUCGGGAAAGUGUCAGCAAUCUACCUGCGAGGGAAAAACGGUUCAGACUGCCUCGAAUCCCUAGCCAAGGCAAGGAAAGCUCUUCUAAGGAAACUAGAAUGGGUUCCCUUUUCUUUACACCAAAGGAUGCUCAUUUGGGCAAUACCUUGGAUAAAGGAUCUUCAGCACCUCCAUCUCUUCCAAAGGAAGAACAGAAAAAGCCACUGAAACUUCCCAGAACAGAUAGAGGAGAGCAGGUUGCUCGGCCCGUCCAUAGAAAGAAAGCCCGCAUGGCACGGACACGCUCCAAUUUCUUGACUAGAGGUGCUUUUGCUGAUUGGGAGGGGGAUACAGAGGAAGAGGAUUGUGAUGACAAUCUUGAGUUCCUUCUCUCCUUUGAGCAUCCACCUCACCUUGAGCCCGGUUGCGCAGUCAGGCUCGGGCAGCCCUGUCAUAGUGACUCUGAAAUGAUGCUACAACGUUCUGCAUCCAACGAAGCAAAGCUUCACAAAACAAUGUCUCAAGGAGAGAUUGGACAGCUGCCAGUUGCCCAGAAGAUCGUAGCCGUGGACAGAAGACCUCAAAGAGCCAAGAUGAGAUUUUGGGGGAAAGGAAGGCAGGGAGAGAAGAAGAUAAACAGGGAGAAGCUUGCGACCCAGUCAGAGCUGCUGGAACUGUAUCCUGACCAAGAUGCCCCAGGAAGAGACACGAUUCCAGGUCUACAGCUUGAAGAAGAGCUGAGCCCUCCAAGGAGUCCCGAACUGUCGGGCAUCUAUCGAAGGGAAUGUAAGGAAAACAAAGAGCCAUCUCCAAAGGUCAAGCGAAAACGCAGCCUGAAAAUUAGCAACGUAACGAUGGAACCUGCACAAUGGCAGAACGAUGCCCUUCAGAUCAUAACAAGUGUCAGUGACUUGAAAAGCAUGGACGAGUUCCUCUUGAAAAAGGUGCAAAUACGCUUGCCACCGAAAGUGCUGCCAGAAGACCACGACAAAAUGCUCCAAAAAGUAUGACCCAGAGCUUUCUUCACGCCAGUUUGGAGUCGAACUCUCUCGCCUGACCAGCGAAGAACGGAUUGUGCCAAUAGUGUUUGAGAAGCUCACCAGCUACAUAGAAAUGCAUGCUUUGUAUACGGAGGGCAUUUACCGGAAAUCUGGAUCAACAAAUAAGAUCAAAGAGUUACGGCAGGGCCUUGACACAGAUAUCGAACGAGUGAAUCUCGAUGACUACAGCAUCCAUGUCAUUGCCAGUGUGUUCAAGCAAUGGCUGAGGGAUUUGCCUAACCCUCUCAUGACAUUUGAACUCUAUGAAGAAUUUUUGCGAGCCAUGGGUUUGCAAGAGAGGAAAGAGGCCAUCCGUGGUGUUUACUCAGUCAUUGAUCAACUUUCCCGAACUCACCUUAAUACCUUGGAACGUCUGAUCUUUCACCUUGUCAGGAUUGCUCUACAAGAAGAAACGAAUCGAAUGUCGGCUAAUGCUCUGGCCAUUGUCUUUGCUCCCUGUAUCCUCCGUUGUCCAGACACCACUGACCCUCUGCAGAGCGCUCAGGAUGUCAGCAAAACCAUCAGUUGCAUAGAGUUGAUUGUUGUAGAACAGAUGAACAAAUACCGAGCCCGUCUGAAGGAUAUCAGCAGCCUGGAGUUUGCAGAGAACAAAGCCAAGAGCCGGCUGUCCUUGAUCCGCAGGUCCAUGAAGCCUGUACUAAUUGCCGUUAGAUUUAUGAGCAUAACCCGCAGUUCGAUCCCGGUAUGUAUCCGAAUUGCAACGCACUGAUCUGACGCCAUACGUAACUCGCCAUCCAUCCCAGUGCUUCUGCAUGCUCCAUGGCCAUGGCCCAUAUUUCAUAACUGUGCGUGAUAUGUGUGUGUGUGUGUGUGUUUAUUUCCAACUCUUCAGGUGCCGUCCACGUCUCACAAAAAUAAAAGGGCAUCAAAAGGCAAUGCAUAUAAGGCCAUUUUCAUUCUAGACAGAUUAGGAGGAAGACAAGAAGCCAUGUAAGAUAGAAGAGAGUCCAUUUGGACAUGGGUUUCUGCAAUGUUUGGCACAGGAAAUGUCUUUAGAAAAGAAUAUUUGCUGUGUUGUGUCGUCGUCUCCCCCACACACACACACUAUAGUAAAGAAGUAGGAACGUUGGAAGAAGUGCCUAUAGUAAAGUAGGGAUGUGGUGGCUCAGUGGCUAAGACGCUGAGCUUGUCAAUCAGAAAGGUCAGCAGUUCGAAUCC